AUGUCGGUGAUGGUAAAAUGUCAAGGCACAUACGAUAAAAAAGCUUUAAAGGCCAUUAUCGAAAGUUGCGGUUGCUGUCCACCGCCCGAACCUUCAUGUCCAGCCAUUUUCUGUGUGCCAUCUCCAUGCUGCCCACCACCUCCUUGUAAUCCAUGUCCACCAUGCUGCCCACCACCUUCUUGUAACCCAUGUCCGCCAUGCUGCCCACCACCUUCUUGUAACCCAUGUCCACCAUGCUGCCCACCACCUUGUAAUCCAUGUGCUCCAUGCUGCCCACCAUCUCCUUGUAAUCCAUGUGCUCCAGAAUGUGAUCCCUGUUGUACUAUUCCUCUGGUUCCGCCGGUUGGACUAGCUUCUUCGAGACCUUGUGGCCCAUGUGCUCCAAGUACUCCAGUACCAUGUAUGACGUGCCCUCCGUUAGGACCUAUCCCACCAUGUCCACCAUGUCCUUUCAUAUGUCCACCUUGCACCGGUUAUCCUUGUGUUACGACUGCACCUAUACCAAAACCAGUACCAGCACCCUGUGAGCCUAUCAUGCCUGUCGUUCGGACACCGAUUAAUACGGGUGGACUUUUUUACAUCGGUACCAGUAAAUGUUACCCUUGUUUACCACCUGCUUGUCCAACACCAUGCAUGCCGUGUACGCCUAUACCUGGAAUGUCUCUUACAUGUUGA